GCAGCAGCGUUCAGUCGCAGUGUCUAACUUUCCGGAAACAGACACGAGGCGAGUAAAACACGCCGCACCGGCUCCUUCUCUUUGUCCACCCAGCUCCCCGCUGAAGCAACAUCCACAGCAGCACCAUGGCGACUGUUGUAGAUACCAAACUAUACGACAUUCUCGGAGUUUCUCCAUCCGCAACUGAAAAUGAGCUGAAGAAGUCAUACCGGAAACUGGCAAAAGAAUACCACCCGGACAAGAACCCAAAUGCUGGUGACAAGUUCAAAGAAAUUAGUUUUGCCUAUGAGGUAUUGACCAACCCUGAAAAGAAGGAACUUUAUGACCGCUAUGGAGAACAAGGCUUGCGGGAAGGAGGCGGGGGCGGCCCGGGGAUGGACGACAUCUUCUCCCACAUAUUUGGAGGAGGACUUUUUGGAUUCAUGGGAGGCCAGGGCAGUCGCUCAAGGAAUGGAGGUCGAAGGAGAGGAGAGGACAUGGUCCAUCCACUCAAGGUGUCACUGGAGGAUGUUUAUAAUGGGAAGACAACUAAGCUUCAACUUAGCAAGAAUGUACUCUGUAGCACUUGUAGUGGGCAGGGAGGAAAAACAGGCGCUGUUCAAAAAUGUACCACAUGUAGGGGGCGUGGCAUGCGCAUCAUGAUCAGACAGCUGGCCCCGGGAAUGGUUCAACAGAUGCAGUCUGUGUGUACCGAUUGUAACGGAGAAGGUGAAGUUAUCAGCGAGAAAGACCGCUGUAAAAAAUGCGAGGGCAAGAAAGUUGUGAAGGAGGUGAAAAUUCUGGAGGUACACGUGGAUAAAGGCAUGAAGCACGGCCAGAAAAUCACCUUUGGAGGGGAGGCUGACCAGGCACCCGGUGUCGAGCCUGGGGAUAUUGUCUUAGUCUUGCAGGAAAAGGAGAAUGAGACAUUCAGGCGAGAUGGCAACGACCUGUUCAUGAACCACAAGCUGGGGCUGGUGGAGGCGCUGUGCGGCUUCCAGUUUAUGCUGAAACACUUGGAUGACAGACAGCUUGUUGUGAAGUACCCCCCUGGCAAAGUCAUUGAACCAGGCUCAGUCAGGGUGGUGCGAGGAGAGGGCAUGCCACAGUACCGAAACCCCUUUGAGAAGGGAGAUCUGUACAUAAAGUUUGAUGUCCAGUUCCCCGACAACAACUGGAUCAGCCCUGAGAAACUUGUGGAGCUGGAGGACAUGCUGCCCUCGCGGUCGGACCCGCCCAUCAUCACCGCAGACACGGAGGAGGUGGACUUGCAGGAUUACGACGUCAGCCAGAGCUCAACAUCGGGCGGCCGCAGAGAGGCCUACAAUGACAGCUCCGACGAGGAGGGUGGCCACCACGGGCCGGGGGUACAGUGUGCCCACCAGUAGUCGCACACACGUUCUAAUUGGAGGGGAAAUGUUUGAGUUGCAGAGUAAACAAGGACUUAUGUGAGAAUGAAAAGGCUCAUCCGUUCUUCAGACACAGAUCGAAUAACUUAUUGAGUUGUGACAACUGGAGUUGUUGAUUAAUGUUAGUGUGCUGGGAAUGUUUUGAUCAUUUUAUGGAAAACUCUCACGGGGGCAGCCAAAGACUUAUUCCACUGCACCUGGGACAGCUUUAGACACUUUAAACUGCAACUUCAGGUAGAAGUCGAAUAAUGUAUUUAAGAUGUAUCCAAACAAACGGUUGCCCCUGUGAACGCAGUGUAGGACUAUGAUCUGGUGUUCACGGUGAUGCCCCUCCACCUCAGUCAACCCCAAUAUAAUUCCAUCCCCCCCCCCCCCAUAGUUGGGAGCUCCAGAUCAAAGAAAGGAAUGUUUCUUGUUUGCUGAGUGACUUGCAUUUUUUUUUCAUAGGAUUUACAAAAAAUAUAUUUAAAAUUAACCAAUGUGCAUACAUAGACCAAGCAGCUGGGCAAUGUGACGUGCCGAUCCUCGGACUCGUGCAUUCAUGGGUUCAUUUAUUCGGCACUAUUCGUAGGACUUGUUUCUGAUUUUUACAGCUUUAUUUUCUUUGUAGGUUUUUUUUUUUUUUUUUUCUUUUUGUUUUAAAUAAAACAAAAUUGGUUAUUGUGUAUAUCAUUGGACUGGUUGUUGGUAAGCUUCAUCGGCUGUGUGAUUUUUAAAAAAUUGACAAGUGAAAAGAUGACAAAUGUAGAGCUUGUAUCUGUGCAGAGACCAUGUGCAUGUAAACAAGCUUUGGUUCCUGCACUUAUGAAACGCAUAAAGCAGCACACUUCUUAAGAAAAUGUCUAUGAAGUUGUCGAAUAAAUGGUUGAAAUAGCAA